AUGUCUGCUUUUGAUGAUGACGAGGCUCUUUUCGAAGACAUUUACGACGACGAUACCACGACAACCAGCAAGGUCUCGGCUCCUGAGCCCGAAGCUUCUGCCAAAGUAGAAGAGUCCAAGCCCGUGGAUGCUUCUACCUCGGCACCUGCUGCUGAAGCUGCUGCGCCAGUUGCACCUCCUGCGCCCUCUGUUUCAGAUGCACCAUCUGACUCUGUGUCGUCUGCCACGGAGGCUAGAUCUGACUAUGGUUCUUCCAACCCAACCGAGGGUGCUCCGGCACAAGCUAAUGCUCCUCAACAGGAGCAAGCCCCUGCUGACAACCAAGGUUUCUACAACAAUAACUCUAACCAGUAUGGCAAUCAGCAGUUUGGCCAACAGCAGCAGCCUGGCAACAACUAUGACCAAUACAAUAACCAAGGCCAAGGAAACAACUCCGCACCUUAUGAAAACAACCAGCAAAACAACCAGCAGAACAACCAAUUCCGUCCCUCAAACAUGGGAAGAGACAGCGGUAAGAUGUUCAUUGGUGGUCUAAAUUGGGACACCACCGAAGAUGGAAUGAUCGCCUAUUUUUCCAAGUAUGGUGAGAUUUUGGACUUGACGAUCAUGAAGGAUUCUAACACCGGCAGAUCCAGAGGUUUUGGAUUCUUGACCUUCAAGGACCCAAAGUCUGUUGACGAGGUUAUCAAAAAAGACCACAUUUUGGACGGUAAGCUUAUCGAUCCCAAAAGAGCCAUUGCUAGAGAGGAGCAAGACAAGAUUGGAAAGAUUUUCGUCGGUGGAAUUGAUCCGCUUGUUAAUGAAAGGGACUUCAAUGACUUUUUCUCUCAGUUUGGUCGUAUCAUUGACGCCCAACUAAUGAUCGACAAAGACACUGGUAGAUCUAGAGGAUUUGGAUUCAUCACUUUUGAUUCCCCUGAGGCCGUCGACCGUUGUUGUGUCAACAAGUAUUUAACUUUGAAAGGCAGAGCUAUGGAAGUGAAAAGAGCAGAACCAAGGGGUCAGCACCAACAGAAUCAGCACCAGCAGCAGCAACAACAACAGCAGAUGCAAAGCCAGUAUGCUCCAUACGCUAAUGCAUACGGUCAAUAUCAAAUGCAAAUGAACAAUGGUAUGCCCUCCUUCCCUGGUGCCACGCCUCAAGCUAUGCAAGAGUACUGGCAAAAGAUGCAAUGGUACAUGUACCAACAACAGCAGCAGCAACAACAAUCUGGUGGUGAAAAUGAUCAGAAUGAAGGUAGCCACGAACAAGAGGAGGAGCCUUUGAAUCCUCAACAACAAGAGCAGCAGCAGCAACAACAACAACAACAGCAACAUCAGAAUUACAAGGAAGACUAUGACAGUCGUGGGCACACGCCCCUGGGCCCACUGGGAUCUCGCGACUCAAGAGCUCCAACUGGUCCUUCUGGUAGAUAUAAUGAUCGGGAACGUUCAAGACCCUCUCGUCCAGAUGGCCCUCGUGGAGAUGGCAGAAGAGGCAAACCGAAUGAUAGAGAUGACCGUCGGGUUAACUUCCCAAGAGGUCCAAGAGGAAGUGGCGGACCACCACCUCCAUCUGGUCCCUCCGGCCAAGGUGCGCCAUCGGGUCCUUCUGGCCAGAAGGGUUCCAGAAAAGAAAGGUUUCAUCCUUACGGGCGCAGAGGCAGAAGAUAG